AAAGAGUGAGUCGUGAGUCAAUCGCUCAUAGGCGCAUUCUGUGCAUAUGUACGUGGAAAGGAAACGAUAGGAAAAGAGAGAGAGAGAGAGAAAGAAGUCGAGGCGACAGAUUCCAGCGAGCAACAAGACAGACAGUCUCUGCGGGAGUCGCCCUCCUGCUCCCACGUGCCCUUGUUUCAAUCUCAACGAGUUUAAAUAUCGAGGAACGAUUUUACGCGUCUCUCCUCGAGAGACACACCUAAAAUGUAAUUCAGCUAUCGCUUCACAUUUGUGUGAACAGUGAAAAAAUGUCGUAAGAGGUGUUACGCUUUUAAAUAAGAUAAAACGUCGUUUAGUAAAUCGAUAAAUUCGGUUUGAGAUGAUUACAUCGGAAGAGGCGGUCUAGCAGUUUGCAUCCUGGCAGAAUUUUAUUAUGGAUGUUCGCAUACGCAUAAAUAUUGUCCCACUGAUAAUCGUUACUAAAUAACAAUAUCUCAUUACCGGAAGGAAGGGGAGUGACAAAUUAGAUAAAAGAUGGGAUCUUAUACAGAAUUCACCGAUAUAUUACGAGAUGUAGUGCAAUUUUUGGAAUGUCUCCGAGAGGUGAAGCUGCCGGUAAAUUUGGAGAGCAUUCGAGACAAUUUGCUGAUACGAUCAAAAGUUACGCUGAAGACUUUUGUAGUGGACAAAACUGGGAGAGGAGUCUCGCCCGAACCGUAUUUGAAUAUGAGCGCAGGGUCAAAGGGCUUGAUAAGCUUGGAAACGGAGACGGAGCUACAAGAAUACGUGGGAGCGGGGGAACAUUGUCAAAUGCAGAAGGAACAUAAAGAAUCACAGCAGGAUUAUUACGAAACCUUCCAGGGAAUAGAACCACCGAAUAAUACCGAUAACAACCAGAGUAAAGACGAAGAAACUGAGAAUAUGUUAAUAAACACUUACUCGAGUUUCUCGGCUGUACUGGCCAAAAGCAAAUGUCAAAUAUGCGGCUCUCUCUAUAGGAAGGAAGGGAAGAAGUUGUUCGUUUUUGAACAAUACCGCGCGUGUUGGGUUGCUUUGAUCGGAUCGCACUUAUUAAUUUAUGGAAACGAUCGAGACAAUCGGCCGUAUACAAUUUUACCAAUUCGGGGAUACUCAGCUCGAGCUGCACCGAACGCGAUUCCUCGAGAUCAGCGUCGAAGCGAAUCCACUUUCGAGAUCUUCCGUCCUGGCAGCAGGACGUAUCAGUUUUCUGCGAAGACUCAAAAAGAGAUGGAACAGUGGAUAACGAGAAUUUGCGAACUGGCGGGAGAAGAUAAUAACGAGCAAAAGAAGAGUGUGGAUAAUGUUAUCACGAGCAAUGACACGCAGUUGAACAACCAAGAAGAUUCAAAUUGCACUGAGGAGCAGUAUCAAGAUGUAGGCUCGUUGAGUGUUGAGAAAGUUCCAAACGAGCCUUCGACUGUACACGUAAAUGAAAAUGUUCCAAACCAAACUGAUUCCAAAGACCCUAUCAACACUUCUCUUCCUUCUUCCUCCCCGAUUUCCGAUACUGGUAUUGUUCCUUUUCCUUCUCGACCUCAUCCAGGACGCUCUCAUGCUCCUCCGUUGCCAGCUCGAAUACCUCGAAGAUUACCCUCGCUGCCUGUUCAAAAAUCGUCUUACCAAUUCCCGGAGGAAGACGAAGACGACAUUUAUCACAAGAUCGAGGACUUUCGAAACGUAACGACACAAUACGAAAACGUUGGUGUAGCUAAGACGAACGAACCAGAAACGUACGACGACGUUCAAGCGAGCAUUAAGACUGAUAAAUCUGAUGAUAAGAAAAAGAACGACGCUAAAAGAACGUCGAUAGAUUCAUCGAAUGAAAUAACUUACGACGAUACAGGCAACACUGUUUUAAAUCGAGUGGACGAACAAGACCAACUCGCAUCGUACGACGACGUCGAGAGUGUGAAAGAAAAAUCAAAUAAAAUCCAAACGCCAAGCAAGACGGAUGAGCCUGUAAAGUCGCCGCAAAAAAGAUCAUUCCUAGACAGAGUCAGAAGCAGAAGGGAGUCUCCGAAGAAAGUUGAGAAGAAAUCUAAGCGCAAGACUGCACAGCCAUCGGUUGUAGAAAAUCAAGACCCGCAGCCACUUUACUACGACGAUGUGUCUGAUCUAGUGAGCGUUCAUCAAGAGACCUGUCUCGAUGAAGAACAGCCCGAGUAUACCAGUCCACCACCGCCUAGACCGAUCUACACGAAGCCACCGGUAAUUACAGACACAACUGAUGGACACGAAUUUUACGACGACGUCGCCGCGCUUAGAGAGAAAUCUAAAAAUCCAGAUCAGAAAGUUUCCAGGAAAUUGAACUACGAAGACCCUGUUCACGCGAAUGUGAACCGGCUCGUGAACGAGACGACUGAUAAUUCUCGAAUGGAAGAUAACGAGCAUUACAAGACGCCUCGAAUCGAUUACCCUCAAUGCCUUCCUGAGCUGGAAAACGAACUGUACGAUGAUAUCGCUAUACUCGCUGAAUUCACGGUUCGGCAGAAGGAAGUUCUUGGUAAAAAGGACGUCGAAGGCGUGAACAACAAUUCGGAGAAGAGACCGUGGAAUAGAUUUGUCAGCGGAAGGAAAUCUAAACCGGCCGACGUGAUCGUUGAAACUAAUAAUAAAAUUGUGAACGGGGUCGAGGAUUCGGUCGAUAAUCUCGAGCAACACGGUCCGACACGAAUGAACACGUUUCAGAAAUUAAUCAGUAGGAUGGAGAGUCUCGGUAAAGCGUCCGCUAGAACGGGAUCGUCGAUGCUUUCAACGAACAAAACGAAUCUCACCAACAACGCUUAAUAUAUAGUCGCACGAAUAUUCACAGACCAAAGAAAUCAAUAUUUUAAUAUCAAAUCUAUAUUGUAAGAAUCUUUUAUUUUUCGAAAUAAAUAAUGAUCUGUAAA